GGAAAAGUAGUGUUAUUAAUUGUAAAACAGAUACUGCUGUUCCAGGGCGCGUUGCAGAGUGCUGUUCCAUAAAUCUCAGUUAUAUUUUUAACUGAAGACUUAUUGAACAAAGAAAGUGUUAAAAGUGAAAUACGAAGCAUUGUGGAAUCUCUUAAAACUACUGGCCAGUUAAAAAUAUUCCGAGCACAAGCAGAAAACACAUUAAAAUGCCAGAGCAAGUCGCAGAUCAGGAAAAUCAGGUGCCGCCGCAACCCACUGCCGCUGUGCCUGCUUUUAAUCCGGAAAUUCUUCAGGACAUGCUGCCCCUCUACUACAGACGACUCUUUCCUCAUCAGCCCUUCUACCGCUGGCUGUCCUACGGGCUGACUGAGGACGGAAUCUUCUGCAAUCGGGAAAUCUCCUUUACCCUCAUGGACGACAUUUACAUUCGGUACCUGUGCUUCGAUAGCCAAGCCGAGUUGGAGAAAGAACUGUGCUCGAGGAAUCCCGUCAAGAUUGAUAUUGGUCCGGUGAUGCACACCAGACCGAAAAUGCACCGAACUAUACCUGGAGGACUAGUACCAGUCCAGAGAGAAUUGGUAUUUGAUAUUGAUAUGACGGAUUACGACGACGUUCGCACCUGUUGCUCCGGGGCUGAGGUGUGCCUGAAGUGCUGGAAAUUCAUGGUGCUUGCUGCCCGCAUCCUGGAUGUUGCUUUGCGAGAGGACUUUGGCUUCGAGCACAUCUUGUGGGUCUUUUCCGGACGUCGAGGUAUCCAUUGCUGGGUUUGCGACCACCAGGCGCGCCAUCUGGAUGGGCGCGGCCGCUAUUCGGUGGCGGAGUACCUUAACAUAGUCUCCUACGUGAGUUUCGGGGGCAGUAACUCGCCCAGAGUUCCCCUGGGAGACCGGCAGCACCACAGCAUCAAGAGGGCCUUGAAGAUAGUAGAGCCCAUGUUCGAGGAGGUAAUUAUUGAAGAUCAGAAUCUAUUCGGAACACCCAAAGGGGUCACGAAACUGCUGAACAUGAUACACGACGAAGGGGCGAGGGGAGAAUUUGAAUCCUACCUUCAAAAAAAUCUGGAGGAUGGAGCCCAUUCCAGGCAAGUGUGGGAAAGUUUCCUGAAGUACUCCAACUCGAUGAGGACAACUACCGCCAAUGCCUGGAGUCGCAAGCUUAAAAAUAUUGUACAGGAGGUCCAGCUGGGACUGCUCUAUCCACGUCUGGACAUCAAUGUAACCAGGGGUUUCAACCACUUGCUCAAGUCACCUUUCUGCAUCCAUCCGUCCACGGGAAAGGUGUGUGUGCCGUUUAGUGUGAGCGCAGUGGGCAAAUUCGAUCCCACAACAGUUCCCACGAUCACACAGCUGCUCCAUGAGAUCAAUGCCUUUGACGACAAAAACAAGAGCUACAUGGAAGCGCCGGAGGACAAGAGCCGGAUCAAGGACCACAAGAAAACCAGCAUGUUCAAGGGCGUGGUAGUUUUCGAAGAAUUCCUGCGAAAACUGGAGCGUAGUCUGAAAGUCAAUGGGCUUCAGUUUUAGAUUUAUAUAAUUACAUAAUUAGAAUAAACUAAAUAUAUUAAAUUGGAAAA